GUAAAGUAGGUCAAUGGUAGUAGGAAAUACCUGGAUAAUGACAUCAAAGAUGGCUGCCGUCAAAAAAUAUAUUGUUUUGGUUGAUUACUGAAUAAAACGUAAAAUGUACCGAUUGGUUUACGGACAUUAGUGAAAAGAGAUAUAAAACAUUGUAAAAAGUAGACCAUGUCACGCAGGAAGAAUAAUUUCUUUAUCUUGCUGAUGAUUAUGAUAUCAUGGGAAGUCAAGGCUCAGACCAGAGACUUGUUUAUGGAUUCCCCUACAGCAUGCGGUAAAACAUUCGCAGCAGGUGAUCGAGAAGUGUUUCGUGUAAAACCACGAGGUACAGUUGGUGUAUCUAACCCUACAACAAACUGUGUUGUGUACUUUGAGUCCAGUCAAGCGAGUUCGAACUACAAGUUUGAAAUUGUGGUAGAAGCGGCUUCAUUUCGUGACUGUGGUCUUCAGUUACGUAUAUUUGAUGGCAAGGGCACUGGUGGCAAUUACCUGCGAGUAUUGGGCUGUGGUUCAACAACCUCUACUGCACAGUUCUAUUCAAAGGACAGGGCAAUGUCUCUCAUGUUGACUCGAACUCAGAACCAGUAUUUCUUCGGGAGUGAUUUCCAGCUCAAAAUACAGCUUUACUAUGACAGUGAGGGUGCCGAUGAGUAUAUCGGAACAUAUAAAUUCCCGGCUGGAGCUAUUAUUGGUAUAGUUCUUGGUGUAAUUGUAAUAAUAGCUGCAGCCAUUCUUCUCGGCUGGUGCUACAAAAAUGGUCGACUACCAGGCCUGAAUCCUUACGACUAUCCUGCACCCACUGUUAAAGCUAGCACUGAAAACUUAUCUCGAUCAGAUGCCCUCGAUACUGCUGCCUCCAAAAAUGGAGGAUUCGUGGCAUGGCAUAAUACAGAGGGGAAAAAUAUUGACUCAAGAAGCAAUUUCGACUUGGAUGAUUCGAGAAUUUGGGAGUCAUUGACUAGUGUGAAUGCAAAUAAUACAAAGAAAGAUAAUAUAAGACCAGUUGGAAGGAACAAUUUUACUGGUGACAAAGGUGUUUCGUCACCAUAUGAUAAUAAUAGAAGGGAUAAUAAUACAAAAAGUUUUCAGAGACUUGACCCCAAUCAGUUGUCUAAUUCACCUACUACAAGGAUUAGAGGUCGUAAUGAAAUUCGACCACCAGACAAAAAUCAAAAUUUUGACAAUAAUAAAGACACAUAUCAUACAAUUAAUGACCUGGAGCGAGAAACAAAUUUAACCUCUGGUCAAAGGUUAUUGAGGGGCAAAGGUACUUUUGGUGCUGAUAAUGAUGGAGAUAAGAAGAGAAAUUCCGCGGGUGUUUUUGUAAAUCCAGAUAAAGAAGGAUAUAUGUAUGAUUAUGAACAUGUUAAAAAACUUGCUGGUGACAGUGAAAACGAUUCAAAACCAAAAACUCAGGAUUUCGCAUCGGAGCUUCAAUCAGCUAUAAAGCGUGUGAGCUUAAGACGGCAAAAGUCUGAGAAUCAAACAGAUAGUGAUGGUCAGGGUUUGUCAGGUAAGGAAACUCAAGAGGAAUCGUCUGAAUUUAGUAGUAGUGCUGCAUUAAACAAACAAACUGAUGGUGAGAUGACUGGUCCAGAUGCUCACUCUUCCCCAAAACCUAAAAAAAAGAAAAGAAAAAGUUCUAAGGAGAGAAAAUCUCCCAAAUCACCUAGAAAAAGCAAGAAGUCAAGUAAAGACAAUAAUGAGGACAAUCUAUCCAAAUCACCUGAUUCAAAAUCUAACAAUGUUGAAGAUGAUGAAGUGCCACCAGAGCUUUAUGCUCCAAUAUUCUCAGAUGAUGAACAGGCCCAGGAUGCCGCACAUCAGUACCAGCCUGGUUACCAAGGCAACUAUCAACCUGCCGUACCAUUUGAUCCCAGAUAUCCAAUGGGACCUUACCAACCAAAUAUGCCUGGGUAUCCACCUGGCAUGCCAUAUCAGCAGGCCGGUCAAGCCCAGUGGUAUGUCGAAGCAAAUCCUAAUGGUCAACACAAAAUGGCCUUUGCCAUGACAACCCACAGUCAAAGUGACGACAGCAUGAGGGAUAACCUUGCCCCUAACUAUACAUCCACUCCUUACAACCAAAAUUCAAAUAGAAGACCGGGACCAAAUGACAUGUCUAUGGUACCAGCAGGGACAAUUCUUGAUGACCCAAGGCUACCAGAACCAGGUACUUCUCUCGUAAGGUAUGAUGAGGACCCGCUUUCUGGUGUUAAAACAUCACAGGUGGUGUGGACUGAUGCGAGGAGAGAUCCCACUGACCCUCCCCCAGACUCUAGCACACAGGUUACUAGAAAAACUAUAACUAGAAUAACCACUAAAGCUACACAAGAUGAGCUCCCAGAUGCUCCUAAUCCUAGUUUACAAGAUAUGUCAUGGAGAACAGCUCAGGGAAUCCAGGAGUCAAGGGGCCAUGAACCACCAUUUAUGUCACCUACAAAAAGUGCUUACCAUGCAAAUGCUUUACAGUAUGCUACAGAGACACCUGAACGGUCAAAUGCUGGCUACUAUAUGGGUUCUCAUCACAAUGCCCCACAGCCACGUUCAUACUUGCCAGCAUCCACACCUGUAAUACACGAAGCACCAAAAAUGAACAAUGCAAUAAAAGACAGAAUUUUACUACCAUCACAUUCUGAGCCUUAAUCACAGCUUGCAUUGGAUGUGUUAUGUUUAUGCAUUAUCUCCCCUUUCCAGUUUUUAUGGUUCAUUUUUAUAUAAAUUCUGCUUCAAUUACAUAGGAAUUUCAUUUAUGCAUUAUCUCCUCUGUUCAUUUUGUAGGUCGUUUUUGGUAUUUUCUUUUCAUAUAAAUUCUGUUAUAGUUACAUGAAAAUUUUGUAUAUGCAUAGUCCUGCCUGUCCAUUUUGAUUUGUUUUUUGUUCAUAUAAAAUCUGCUAUGAUUACAUACAAAUUUCUUGUAGUUUCAUGAAAUUAUGUGGCAGUUCUUGAAUUAUGUGUAAAUUGAAUUCUUUGUUUUGAUUUUUACCUUGGAUUCUUUAUUUGCUUAUUUCUAAAUCAUUUUUAACUGUCUCUUUUGGAGUUCUUGAGUUUUCACUUCCAAAAUGGCAGCCAGUUUUGAAAAGGGUGUUAAAAUUUAUUUUAUUCCACAAUAUAUUAUGAUAAUAUUAGAUGGAAAAGUGCUGCAAUAUUCCAAAACAUUAAUUAUAAUCCUAGGUUAGUAAUAAAGAGUAGUAAACAUUCACUGAAAAUUUUUUAAACUGUUUGUCAUAUUGUAAUUAAGUUUGUCAUUCAUGAAUGCAAUUUUUUAUUAUAAUUUGAUCAUAGGUUUAAGGGACUUCACAAAAAUAUAAUGAACUAAUGUAAUAUGUUUCCACAGGAAAAAAAAGAGAAAAUUAAUUGAUAACUUACUUAAAUUUUACUUUCUGAAU